UCAUGUCUGGCAGAGGCGAGGGCGAGGAAGACAAGCAGCUGUACCAAUGCCAUCUGUGCUCCUACUCCUGCGCCUCCCGCUGCCAGUUCAACACACACCUCAACACUCACUACGACCACAAGUGCACCAAGUGUGAGUUCACCACGCACGCGGAGCCCAAGCUGCGGGAGCACCUGCAGGAGGAGCACGGCCUCAGCCCGGACUGCCCGGAGGACAUGGAGGGCAUCCGCGUGCCUCGGGUCAACGCACAAGGCAAGGUGAAGACCUUCAAAUGCAAGCAAUGCGACUACGUGGCCAUCACCAAGGGAGACUUCUGGGAGCACGCGCGCUCGCACAUCAAAAGUGAGAAGCUGCUGGCGUGCCCCAAGUGUCCCUUCGUGACGGAGUACAAGCACCACCUGGAGUAUCACCUGAGGAACCACUUCGGCUCCAAGCCCUUUAAGUGCAACAAGUGCAACUACUCGUGCGUCAACAAGUCCAUGCUCAACUCGCACAUGAAGUCCCACAGCAACGUGUAUCAGUAUCGCUGCUCGGACUGCACCUAUGCCACCAAGUACUGCCACUCCCUCAAGCUGCACCUGCGUAAGUACGGCCACAACCCCGCCAUGGUGCUCAAUCCGGACGGCACACCCAACCCCAUCCCCAUCAUCGACGUGUACGGCACGCGGCGCGGCCCCAAGCUCAAGAAGGACGAGAAGGGCAUGCCCAUCCUGCCGCCGCACUACCAGCUCCAGGCGCAGCUGCUCAAGGCACAGAUGCAGGCUAACAACGCCCUGCCCCCCACCACGUCCAUCGAGCCCGCCCCCGCCAAGAAGAGCUCCGCCAGGAAGCCGCCCCCAGUGCCGCCCGUCUCCAUCGCCGGCUCCCCUCACUCGCCCUACCCCUAUCCCUACCCCAGCGUGAUGGACAACUUCCAGAGCUCUUCGCCCAUCUUGUCCCGCGCCCUGGAGAAAACCUCCGAGGAGCCGCGCACCCUGGAGAGCCGCGAGCACCUGCGGGACCUGCUGCUGGAGAGGGAGCGCGCCGCGCAAGGCAAGCCCCCGUCCCCCUUGGAGGGCCUACGGUGCACCCUGUGUGACUUUGUGGCCGACGGCCGCGAGACGUUCUCGCAGCACAUGAUGGCCCACGCUGCCUCCGAGGGGCGCGACGAAGGUAACGCCUCGCCACGCUCCCCUCAGGCCAUGGAGCACUCCAGCGGCGCCUCACCAGAGCGUCGGUCACUCUCGCCGCCACGCCUCCCGCUCUUCCCGCACCAGGCGCCACCCCCACCCCCGCCGCCGCCGCCGCUCACCUCAGAGGCCAGCCACAUGUACGCCCCACUGGCCGCCGCCCACAACCUGAAAGAGUACCUCGCGCGCGCUAUGAACCCCUUCAUCUACCAGCAGAUGGUGGGGGGCCAGAUCCACCCCGCCUUCGGCCUGCAGCAACACCUGCAGCAGUUCACGCAUCCCGCCUUCCCGGGGCCACGCCCGCUGCUGCCUAUGGAGGAGGACCCGCGCCUCAACUCGCCCCAGUCUCAGCCCCAGGCUCCGCCCCGCCUGCACUCCCCGCAACCCAAGCCCCCUCCCCAGCACCAGGUUCAGGCCCUGCACCAACCCCAGCAGGCACUCUCGCCCACCACGGAGGGCGUGCUGGAUCUCAGCAAGGAACAGACGCCGCUGCAGCAGCUGAGCGUGGUGAAGGAACACACGCCGCCCCAGCAGGUGCGGGACACCAGCAAGGAGCCGCCACCCCUGCAGCAGCAGCGCGGCGAGUGUCGUGCCUCGGUGUCUCCCAACCACUCCUCGCCGCAGUCCUCGUCGCCACCUCGCUCAGAGACCUCCACCCCGCCCUCCAAAAAUCGGCGCAAGGGCCGCGCCUUUAAGCUGGAGCGCAUCGCACUGCGCCUCAGCGAGAGUGCAGAGGGCGAGAGCUCUGGCCACGAUGAGGACGCGCGCCGCGAGGAGGAGGAGAGUCCUGGUAAGGGCGCCGAGAGCCGCAUGCCGCCCCUCAUGCCCUUGCCGCAGGGCGACGACCCGCAGGACGGGCAGCACGAGGUGUGGCAGGGCGCCCACCACUGCCAGUUCUGCGACAUGGCCUUCAAGGACGUGGUGAUGUACACCAUGCACAUGGGCUACCACGGCUACCGCAACCCCUUCACCUGCAACAUGUGCGGCCACCAGGCCUCCGACAAGGUGGCCUUCUUCCUCCACAUCGCCCGCUCCUCCCACUCCUGAGCGCCCCGCCCCGCCAGGCCUCGUGAGUGGUGAUCUCAAGUGCAGUCCGGUGUCUCGCGCGAUGGUAAGGACGUGAGCACCAGGGCGGCCCCCAGCCCGUGGCGCGGCGCUGGGUGCUUCUAGACAUGGUCGUAGGCUCUAGUCAGCUAUAGGACAUGUACUGUACAUACUGGACCACACUGGACGUAGCAACAAAGCCCUGCCGGGCGUGUCAAUGAGUGAGGUGCUCGUGCGCGAUCCUUAACCACACUCUACGGCCAAUAGUGAACCCAGGAGCUGGUGUGUGUGUGUGUGUGUGUGUGUGUGUGUGUGUGUGUGUGUGUGUGUGUGCGCCCCGCGCUGUCCCUCCGUGUCACGACAUUCCCUGUCCGUCAACAUUGUGCCACAGUAUUAGUUUGGAUGUACGCGGGUAUUAGUUGGUAGCGCCCAAAGGCUCCGUGCCGUGGUGGGCGCCGCGUCCCUGAGGACCGCUGGGCGCCCUUCCUCGCCAGGAAGGCCGCCACACCGCGCCUCGCACCCCUGUUUGUUCCUCGCGUUGCGUCUGCACGCCCGUCUGUCCGCGGCCCGCCAGGUGCGUGCUACCACCCGACGCCCCGCCGCCCGCACCGGGGCGCACGGCCCAGCAGGAGGCCUGACGCAGACGGCGCCGAGCAGACUUUGCUCCGCGUCAAUCAUUCCGUGCGGAACGUGCGCCACGAGCCGGGCCAGCCGGCGGGCGGGCCCGACGCGUGGCCGCCGCCGCGGAGGUGAUGAUGGUGUUGUUCCUUUCGUAACUUUAUACUCAGGGAUGGAGUUGAGUGGGGUCGGAAGCCUCACGCAGCGGGGGAGAGAGAGGAGGGAGCGAGUGAGUGAAAGAGGGAGGGUGUUAUGGUGCACGCAUAGAAUUAACCCGCUACGGGCCUCCUCCCCUGCCCCCUCCUGCUCCCCCCAGUCCUACAGCCACCUCGCAUUCUGCCAUAACAAACGUGUCCCCGUCUCUGUCGCGCUGUAGCCACGUGUCCUAAGGCGUAUAGAAGAGAAUAUUAGUCGAUAUUAUAUGUACCGUGCUGUACCGUAGUGUGCCACCGUGGAGGGUGGCAAGGCGGCCCUCGAGGGGCUGCACCUUACAGUCGGUAACCAGUGAACCCGUGGACAAACAGACAUGAGUGUGUUUGGGUGUGUGUAUGUGUGUGUGUACGUGUACGGGUGUGGGUAUAGGUGUACAUAAGCACGUAUCCACACGCACUGGCUUCCCCCGCCCCUCCAGGAAGCCACGCCCGCGCCCUGCACCCUGGGGUAGUGAAACAGUAACCACCGAUCCUUCUGUUCGCCUGUGCUUGUGUCAAAGAGAGCAACGGAUGACUGGAUUCCUUGUUUCCCUUUUGUUCCUCCUCCUUCACCCCUUCCCUCCUUCACCCUUCCUUCACCCCCUCCCCUCUGUACAACCGCCAUGUUCCUGUGUAAUUGGUGAGGGUCAAUCCAGAAAGUGUAUUUUUCGUGUUGUAUAUCUUAUUGUACACGUAAUAGUAAGGUGCUAUUAUUAUUAUUAUUAUUAUUAUUAUUAUUAUUAUUAUUAUUAUUAUUAUUAUUAUUGUGGUGAUUUCACUGUAGUCAUGAUAUUUUUUAUUCAUUAUUACUGAUGGUACAAUGUGACGUGUCUUCAUGGUACAGAAAUGAAUUAAAUCAAUGAAACAAAAUUAAUUAAAAUGACUGUAUGCUUUUAUUUUAACUUCAUUCACUUUUAUUAUUAUUAUUAUUAUUAUUAUUAUCAUUAUUAUUAUUAUUAUUAUUAUUAUUAUCAUCAUCAUCAUCAUCAUUUUCGUUCCCGUAUUUCUGGAUUCAUCUCACAAUUUUUUUUUUUUCCGUCACAUCGAGGCGUUUUGUGUGUGUGUGUGUGUGUGUGUGUGUGUGUGUGUGUGUGUGUGUGUGUGUGUGUGUGGCUGGUCCUCUCUUCAUUGUCAUAUCAAAUAAACGAUAUAUGUUGUAACAAACUUUCAUUUCUCUAAAACCUUCCUUUAAAUCCACGUUUUGUAACCAUUCAUGGACAGAUCUUCACCACCACCACCACCACCACCACCACCACCACCACCACCACCACUACUGUUCAAGUACUUAUUAGAAUUGCAUUACAGACGAUUACAUUGUGGUGGAGAAAGAAAGAUAAAAAUAAUAGAUAGCCUCUUCUAUUUGUUGCAUCCAUGGAGACAUUUUACAAUAUUGAAUGUACAAAGUAAACAAACAAAAUAAUAAGCCGUGAUCAGGCUGAAAAAAAAUUAAAAACAAGUUGAAGAGAAAAAAAAAAGUUAUUUAACCAACACAUAAUGGCCGCCUUCACGUAUAAGAGAAAGAGAAAACAAGGAUAAUUUUCUCUUUUUUACGCAACAAAUAUUCACGAGAGGGUAUCACAUCACAAAACAGAGCAACAAUUUAAUUACUAAGGAGAAAAUUUGUUUACUAGUGAAAGAGUUAAGUCAUAAAGCGCUGGCUAACGUCACGAGAGAAAGCGCUACCUCUCCCACCACGAACCGCGAAUUUCAGGUGACCCAGUAUCGAACGCCGCAUCAUAGUCAACUGCUUUACCACAGAGCCACCGCCUUGACACUCCCUCCCCCGCCCCUCCCCGCCUUCUUGCUCCCCUAUUCUCCUGUUUUCUAUAAUUACAAACCAUACAAAUUAGGGAAUCCGUAACUAUGAUAUAAAUAAAGUCAAUGUCUGCAAUGGAGAGAGAGAGAGAGAGAGAGAAUAUUACUGAUGGAGGAAAGACAGGGGAGAGAAACCGGAUGGAGAGAGGGAAAGGAGGGAAAGGAGAGAGAGAGAGAGAGAGAGAGAGAGAGAGAGAGAGAGAGAGAGAGAGAGAGAGAGAGAGAGAGAGAGAGAAGUUUAGUGGUGGAGGAAUGACAUGGGAGAGAAACCGGAUGGAGAAAGGAAGGAGGGAGAGAAAGAAGGGAGAGAUGGAGAGAGAGGAGGUGAGGAGAAGAGGGAGAGGAAAGAAGACAAAAGGGUGAUAAAAAGAGGAAGAGAAAGAACGGGGGAAGAGAAAGGGGGUAAGGAAGGAAGAGAGAGAGGGAGAGAGGAGAGAAGGGAGGAAAGGAGAGCACAGGGACGUAGUUCAGAGAGAGAGAGAGAGAGAGAGAGAGUUACAUUAAUAGCAAAAAAAGGAAAAAAAAAAACGGAAGAUUUAAGGAAGAGGAACUAAACAAAUAACAAAGUAAGUAAUAUAAAAAUAUAUAUAAAAAUAAGUACAUGAAGAAGGA